GGAGCCCUGGGGCUCAGCGUUUCGGUUCCUGGCUGAUUGUCUCUACCACACCGUCAUACCUCGUCAACCUUAACCAUCACAAGCCAUCCAUCAUGUCGCAGAACUCAGUCGUCACUAUAGACUCGAAGCGUCACUUCGACUCGGUCCUCAAGUCGUCACGCAUAGUCAUCGCUGACUUUUACGCCGAUUGGUCUGACUCUUCCAACCAGAUCGCUCCUAUCUACGAAAGAUUCGCCAAAGACGUUGCGCAGCCGAAUCUCAUCACGUUGGUCAAGGUUAACAGCGACAACCAACCAGAGCUCUCGCAAGAAUACAAAAUUACAGACCUGCCAACCUUCAUCGUUUUUGCAGAUGGAAAGCAGGUCGACCAGGUCCAGGGGGCCGAUCCUCAGAAACUUAGGGAUACGCUCAUGAAAAUACCUGCCUUGGCUACUUCGCUCAAUGAGAAGACCGCCAGAGAAAAUGCUGGCUCGGCCAGCGGUGGUCCCAGCUGGAAGGGUAUGGAAGCUCCACGAGGCUACAACGACAUCACCGACCAAAUAGAACUCCGUGAUCUGGAGGUUCUCAACGCUGAUGAGAGCGCCGGGACUGUUCGAGUUCUCUUCGAUGGUUCCAAGCCAAGCGGUCUCGGUAACGGCAAGGGAACCUCCAAGGACUACGUGCAGAGCGGUGCGGAUGACCAGCUGCUUUUGUACAUCCCUUUCCAGUCCAUUGUCAAACUCCACACUCUCCAGCUCACUUCCCUCCCUCCCAAGGACGACGAAGACGUGAUGAGGCCCGGCAACAUUCACCUGUAUAUCAACCGCACUCAUAACCUCGACUUCAACGAAGCCGACGAUACCGAACCAACACAGGCUAUCGAGAUUUCUCCCGAGGAUUGGAACGAGGAGGGAACAGUGAGCCUGAGCUUGCGAUAUGUGAAAUUCCAGAAGACAUCGAGUCUUGUGAUCUACGUUCAGCAGGGUGAGGGUGAUGGAGAGACUGUUCGUCUCGACAGAGUGAGACUCAUUGGAGAAGCUGGAGCCAAGCGAGAGAUGGGCAAGCUUCAGAAGGUGGGAGAGGACGAGUAAGGUUUCUCUGGUAGGAGUCCUGUGGUUCGCAAUGGAAUAUCGGCACAUUUUCCUUGUGCCUUAGCAUGCAUUAAAACAUAGCCUCGACAGGGAACAGGUAAUAGGAGUUUAGGAGCAAAAGGCGAUCAAAUAAGACCGCCCAGUCAGAUAGACACAGUUUUAACUCCCCCACUGUACAGUUCUGCAAUUGUUGAUUCUGUUCUCUCCAACUUCCAUGAUCGAACGGGAUACUGACGUAAGUC